AUGGCGGCGACGUCGCUGGACGAUAGCUGGCGAGCCUUGGGUUUGCAAGAUCCACCGUCGGCGAUCCUUGAUGACGUCAUCAACGCUGUGCACGAGACGUGGCUGGACGGCAUUGAGGAGCUGCGCAGCUGCAUCAUGGAGAAGUGCCCUGAAGGGGGGAAGGCCAAGCUGCAGCAGGACCUGGACGAGGCAUACCACCUGGUGGAGCAGCGCAUAGAGGAGCACAUGGAGGCCUUCAAGACCCGCGCCCUCGCCACUGCCUUCGCCCUGCCCCCCUCGCUACAAGCACACCUCGCCUCACUGCCACCUCACCUACCACGCACAACAGCUGCGCCAGCUGGCAGCGAGGUUGGAACAGGCGGGGACGAUGACCUGGCGGCUGAAGCGGCGGCUCUAGAUGCUGAGCUGGCAGAGCUCAAUGCCACGCUGGCAAAGAAAAGAGCAGAGCUGCGAGCGAUGAGGCGGGAGCAGCGACAGCAGCUGGCGGCAGUGGGGAGUGAGGGGCAGCUGAAGCAGCUGCAGCAGAUAAUGCAAGCAGACCACAGCGAGCUGCUGGCCUCGCACGAUCGACUGCAAGCGCAGCAGCACACAGCCAUGGACAUGACUGGUGAGGCGUGGGGGUGA